GCACGCCAAUUUAAACCCCGGUUUGCCCUAUUUCUUGGAAAGAGCAAGCAAGAGCUUCGAUCAUGGCGUUGUUCUUCCAGCUUCUCUCCUUCCCUCUCCACUCCCCGUGAGAAUCGCUGCUGUGCCUUGUCGCGAUCGCUCGCAUUUCAAUCGCUCGCUCUAGAUUCUCUAGCUUCUUCCAUUUCAUGGACCCUGUGAUCUUGUGCUUCUUCCAGAGAUCUUGGCUGUUGUGGUCGCUCCGGAUCCUGUCGGUGCUUCUCUGGUUUGGCGGCCUCCUCAAGGUGCCCGGGGUCGAUUUGCGCGUGUUCUAGCACGGCCUCCGAUUUCCCGCAAGGAAUCGAGGGGAAAUCGUGCCGAAUCGAGAGGGAAGGGUAAGAGGAGCCGCGAUGGCGACGAAAUAUUUCUAGGGGGGAGGAGCAGGAUCGAUAUUUCUCUGCAGGGAGAGGAUGAAGAUGCUCAAGAAGAUCAAGCUCAAGGCGCUGCUCUUCCGGCGGCAUUAUCACUCGCGCUACCACAAGCUCCACCAGGACGAUCAUCACCAUCACCACACCAAUCUCUUGAAGCGGCUGUGCCACAAAUUCGAGCGCCUCUCUUGCGCGAUGGCGUCGUCCAGGAGCUGCGCCUUGCCCUCCCCUGCGUCGCCGAAGAACAGGAAGAUUAUCGCCAGGAGAUCACCUCCUUCGAUCCCGCGCGACGUCCACCGAGGAUCUUGCGCGGUCUACGUCGGCCCGGAGCACAAGCGCUUCGUCCUCAAGACGCGCUACCUCCAGCAUCCAGUGUUUGGGGCGCUGCUCCAGCAAUCCGAGGAAGAAUUUGGCUACGCUUACAGCGGCGGGCUCCUCAUCCCCUGCCCGGUCGCGCUGUUCGAGUACCUCCUCCGCCUCCUCCAGCGCAAUGAUCCGUGGAUCCAGAGCGAGGAAGCGACUGAGCUCAUUCUUCACGGAAAGACACUGUAAAUACAUCGCAGCCAUACAAUUGGCGAUACUA